AUGAAUUGUUUUGAACACAAUUCACCCUACACACUUCUUUGUUGGGUCAAAGGAUGCAAUAAGAAAUUUCUAUGCCAUCAAUGUAUGUAAAAACAUGAUCCUCAACAUUUCUCAAUGAUUCAAUCUCUAAAUGACUUUGAUACUUAAAUUAGCUAAAUACCCAAAUCCAUUUAAUAAAAUCUAAUUCUCCUUAGCUCUCAAUUAAAUUCUGCUUAAACAUAGAUCACAUUGAAUAAAGAUUCACUAAAAAAAUAGAUCAUCAAACUCUCAGAUUUACUUAAAGCUAGACUUGAUGUUGAAAUAAAUAAUUUCUGUUCAUCAGCAAUAGAUUAUACUACUAUUUAUUAUAAAUAGUUUGAAAAUGAUAUUGCUGCUAUAUUCAAUACAAUAUCUGAACAUUCUCAAAUAUUCACUCCUUAAACGGGUAGACCAAUUAAUGAGUUUUAAUUCACAUAAUUGAUCCAAUAAUAAGAUAAAAUGUUUGAUAUUAUUCUACCAAAAUUAAGCUAAUAAGUUUAAAUGUUUGUUUAGUAAAUAUCAAAUAAUUAACUAAUCAUGAAAACUGAAAACUUUCAUUCAAUAUUAAACAAUAACAUUUCUAAAACUUUUUAAUUGAACAAUUUACUUUAUACCAAUGAAACUAUUCAAACUUAAACAUCAAAGUCACUUAUUUAAAAAAAUAGAAUUAUGUCACCUUUAAUACCAAAAAUUGAUCUAAAAAAAAAUGCAUCACAGUUAUUUUCUUAAAAAUAACAAUCAGAUAGAAUAAAUGAUUAAUCAGCAUUUUAUAAUGAUAAUAUAGUUGAAUUAAGUGGAUCUAGAUUUCUUUAAUAAAAAUCUAUCAAUACAGUACUUACUGGUCAUACUGAUAUUAUAUUAUGUGUUUGUGCUUUUUCUAAUACUUCUAUUUUAUCAGGUAGUGCAGGAGGAACUAUAAGAAUCUUUUAUAUUGAUAAUGCUAUAACUCAAACAAAAUUGAAUGAUCACAAAGGUGAUGUGUUGGCAAUUAUCAAAAUUAAUGAUACAAAUUUCAGUAGUGCAAGUUCUGAUUAAACUGUUCGGGUAUGGAAUUAUUAAAGAAAAGUAUGUGAAUAUAUACUUGUUGGACAUGAAUAACCAAUCAAAGCUCUAAUUCUUUUAUAAGACACCGAUUAAUUGGCCUCAGGUAGUUUGGAUCAGACUAUAAAAAUAUGGUCUCUCAAAAGGCCUAAAAUCAAAUUAAACAUUAAAGAUCAUUAAAAAAUUUUUGCUUUAUGCUACGUAUAAUCUAAAGCAUUAAUUGUGAGUGGAGGGGAGGGUAUAUUAAGUGUGUUUAAUAUUAUAAAUGGAUAUUGUAGAGAUAAAUUAGAAGGACAUACAGGAAAUGUGCUUUGUCUGAAGUACUUAAAAGAAAUUGUCAAUGGAGAGUUUGUUUCAUUGAUCUCAUCUGGAGGAUCAGAUAAAAAAAUUAUCUUAUGGAAUCUGGAUCGAGCCCAGAAAUUAUAUAUAUUAAUUGGUCAUUAAGAUUACGUUACAUGUUUAACCUUUGAUAACGAAAAUAAUCAACUUUGGUCUGGUGGAGCUGAUUAGACUAUACGAUGUUGGGAUAUUGAUAAGGGACGUUAAGUUUUUAUAUUUAAAAGACAUACUGAUUAAAUUAGUUGUAUUGAAUAUAUUGCAAGUAGAGAAUUGAUAAUAAGUGGAAGUUGGGAUAAAAAAAUAAGAGUUACAUCAAAAUCUAUCUUAGUAAAUUGA